CUUGGAACAUUGAACUCACCCAAUGCCCUUUCACACCACAUCCCGCGCAGCCAUUUCCUAAUUCCUAUUCCCAUGGGAUUUCCUAUUCAAAUCUUCCAACUACAAUUCAUUGACCUCUCUCCACUUCGCCAACCUCGUCAACUUUAACAUCUCUAAUAUACACCCGUUGAGGUUCAGCUCAUUCCGUAGACAAUUCAUCGUUACAUUUCCGACAACCGCCUCGUUGUCCUGCUUGGCUUGAUUACAUCGGCCGCCAUCUGGCUUGCUGAUGUGUGAUCUAUUCUUUGACGCCCACGCCUAGACCCUUUGCGUCUCUUAAUGUCGGGCGAUCAUUCCGACCAGUCCCCUUCAAGCCCAGGACCUUUCAGCACCGCCGACGAAAUAGUACGAUCCAUACUCGAUGCUGAUGCUUCCCCGUCCGAGAUCAGUCCCUCCGGAGAGUUAUAUCGGGCUAUAGAGAGGUAUUAUCCUUAUACUCGACCUAGUAACGCACUACUCGGUAGUCGCCGGGGUCGCCUGCCUCUGAACAAUUCGGCAAGCAGCAGCAUGCCAUUUGACCCUGCCGAGGUGCGGCAAAGAUUCUCAAGAGAACCGCAAAGUUCUGACGCAUCGCCUCUUUAUAAUCUACCCCCGUCUGCUCCUUAUCUACCGCCGUUACGAUCUUUGACAAGUACUCGACGACCGUCGCCCAUGUCUGGUUCUGGUCUUCCAAGUGGACGGCAUGCGCGAGCACGCCCAGCAGAUCGCUAUUCAGCAAGACUCCGAGGUGCACAUGAACCUCGAAAUGAAGCUGGGGAGGAAGCGGCCGAAUUCUGGGAGCGUCUUGAGCCUUUUGACCGGCUUCAGCGUGGUACACGGCGCCCCGCCGCAGCACAAUUACGCGAUACACAAUCUCCUUUUGACGAGGAACGUUCACGAGAGGAUACCAAUUCGCAACUACGCGCGCUCUUAGAUUUCACCAAUCCCGAUCUUUCGUUUUCGUCACCGCCGCCACCUCCGCUACCAACAGCCCAAGAUUCUACAGAGGACAACCGACGGGUCAAACGGCGCAAACUAGAUUCGGAUCGCCUCUCUAGCGGUUUUCAAGGUUUUCGCUAUGGGAAAUAUGGUCAGGUGGAACCAGGUCAGUUGACUAUGGAACUUGUAAGCUGUGAUGGUGGCAUAUACUCGGAUGACGGUCACCGGUAUGCCGCCGAGAAUAUUCUCAAGAAUGACCAGACAGUCUACUGUACUGAAGGCCCGAGAUGUAAUAUUAUUCUAAGGCAUCAGGGCGCUACGGUCUUCACACUGAAAGAGUUGAUCAUCAAGGCACCUAGGUCAAAUUUUACCUCUCCUGUGCAGGAGGGCAUGGUGUUCGUUUCGAUGACUUCUGAUCAUCUACUAACGCGGACGGCCCAGUAUCAGAUUCAAUACUCUUCUAGGAAUUCGCCUAGGCGAAUGGAGCGGGAGACACAACCGCUAGCACCUAUAAUGUCUAUUAGGCAUAAUGAUGACGGGACCACUAUGACGCAUGCGCAGAUUCGAGCGAGACGUUUAUAUAACAUUGGUAUGGACGAUGAAGAUAACAACGUGCGAAUCGCUCAGAUUCCUUCUGAGUUCAACGUAUCGCCGCCCCCCUUUGUGGUUACCACGGAAUGCAGCGACGACGAAGCAGACGAACCAACACCGAGAGGAGAAUGGCGACCGCCUAAUAGAAUAGGCGCGUUGCCAUUUGAAAGUGAGACGAGCGACGAAGAGGGGAAUAUAAAUGACUAUUCCUUUAGUGAAGCUUAUCAUAGGUUACGAAGACGGCGAAAUCGACCUAGCGCGGCUCUAACAGAAGCAGUAGAAGCUGCGCAAGUAGCGACACAAGAAGCCGUCCGCGCGGUGGGCGGAGAGUUGAUGGUUCCGCACGCACGAUUCUUCAUCGAGCGUAAUAAGAGCAAGUGUACCAUUAAAUUCGAUCCUCCAGUAUCUGGAAGGUUCAUAUUGUUAAAGAUGUGGAGUCCGCAUCGCGACCCGGGGGCGAAUAUUGAUAUCCAGGCGGUGGUGGCUAAAGGGUUUGCUGGACCGAGAUAUUUCCCAUCUGUCGACGUACGAUGACGGGUUUAAGAACUUAUGUAUCUAUAUGGGUCUCUCAAAGGGGGAACAUUCAACAAAUAAUAGGUUUAAUUAGCUAUGCUAUACGCUUACGAGUGAA